CGACUCCCAAUCAGCUUUUGUUUGAUACCAUCUGUAUAUAUAUUUAAACAAAUUGGUGCCCUCCAGCGACUGUAUCUCUCUCUCUUAUCUCACAUCUCCCUCUUCAGCCUCCCUCGAAAAGUCUCUCUUUUUUUUCUGCUUCUCUCGAAUUCUCCUUUCGAUAUCUCCGCAACUUUGCGUUAGGGAAGUUCAAGAGGAGGAGAUGUCGAAGGCUGGAGCAUUGGAUCUCGCAUCGGGUCUCGGUGGAAAAAUCGACAAAACCGAUGUUCUCUCUGCUGUUGAAAAGUAUGAGAAGUAUCAUGUUUGUUAUGGAGGGGAAGAGGAAGCAAGGAAGUCCAACUACACUGACAUGGUUAAUAAAUACUAUGAUCUUGUUACAAGCUUUUAUGAGUAUGGUUGGGGAGAGUCUUUCCACUUUGCAACCAGAUGGAAUGGGGAGUCUCUUCGAGAGAGUAUCAAGCGACAUGAACACUUCCUUGCUUUACAACUAGGACUCAAACCUGGGCAGAAAGUUUUGGAUGUAGGUUGUGGAAUUGGUGGACCACUGAGAGAAAUAUCUCGCUUCAGCUCAACAUCAAUUACUGGGUUGAACAACAACGAGUAUCAGAUCACAAGAGGAAAGGAACUAAACCGUAAUGUAGGAGUGGACAAGACCUGCAACUUUGUUAAGGCUGACUUCAUGAAACUACCUUUCCCUGAAAAUUCAUUUGAUGCGGUUUAUGCCAUUGAAGCGACCUGCCAUGCACCAGAUGCAUAUGGGUGCUACAAGGAGAUUUACAAAGUACUAAAACCCGGUCAAUGUUUUGCUGCAUAUGAGUGGUGCAUGACUGAUGCAUUUGAUCCCGAUAACCAAGAACAUCAAAAAAUUAAGGCAGAAAUUGAGAUUGGUGAUGGCCUUCCGGACAUCAGAUUGACAGGAAAGUGUCUUGAAGCUUUGAAACAAGCAGGUUUUGAGGUCAUAUGGGAGAAAGAUCUUGCGGUGGACUCACCUCUUCCAUGGUACUUGCCUUUGGACAAAAGUCGGAUUUCACUUAGUAGCUUUCGUCUAACUGCUGCUGGGCGAUUUAUUACUAGAAACUUGGUCAAGGUUUUAGAAUAUAUUGGACUUGCACCAGCAGGAAGCCAAAGAGUUCAAGAUUUUCUGGAGAAGGCAGCUGUAGGGCUGGUCGAAGGCGGAAAGAAAGAGAUUUUCACACCGAUGUAUUUCUUCCUGGCCCGAAAGCCGCUUAUGGAGGAAAGUCAGUAGAUUGGUAGUGCAGACUAGUUCAUCCUGCAAGAGAUUUGCAAAAAUAUGUUGGAUAUUCUAACUUGUUUUGAGUGUUGUGUCAAAGUUGCUUGUCUGUUGUUUUGUGUUUACAUUUCCUGUGAGUUUAUUCUGUAUCUUUAUUUGGAUACAGACAAUGAAGAAUUAAUUAUUUUAAUAGUAUUUUUUUUUCUGGGCCUUGGUCACGUGCUA